AUGGUUCGUGUUGCUAUCGCUGGAGGCCAUGGUGGUGUUGGCCGCACAAUUGUGGAGGUGUUGAAUGAUUCUUCUGAGCACGAGGCUCUUAUCCUAUCCCGCAAGUCUGAUGGCGAGGGUGGCAAGACCAUUCAAGUCGAUUAUGGAAGCGUUGACGGUUUGGUUGCUGUGCUAGACACACAUCAAAUCGACACAGUGAUCUGUUGUUUCGCCGUGGAGGGAGAUUCUCUGGCGGUAUCGCAACUGAACCUCAUCCAAGCUGCCAUCAACUCCAAAGUCACUCGGCGAUUUGUGCCCAGUGGCUUCGCCAUUCCAUAUCCUCAGGAUGCCGUGAAGCUUUUGCCGCAACUUGCGGACUAUUUCAAAGCGAUUGAAAUUCUCCGACAGUCUGAUCUUCAGUGGACCGUCUUCCACAAUGGUAUCUUUCUUGACUACUUCGGUCCAUCGACGCUCAAAUCAUACCUGAAACCGAAUGUCUUCGUUGUGGAUUUGAGAAACAAGAUAGCAGGAAUCCCCGGAGAUGGCGAAGUUCCAAUCACAUUCACCUACACCUUUGACCUGGCCCGGUAUGUUGUCGCCAUGCUCGACAUGGAAGACUGGCCCGAAGAAAGCCGUGUGAUCGGCGAUACUGUCACCUGGCAUGAAUUCGUCAGGCUGGCGGAGGAGAUCUGUGGCUGUCGAUUCGAAACUCAUUAUGACAGCAUAGAAAAACUCCGGGGGUUCGAGAUAACCGAGUUGCCUGGACAUCAAGCCCUGUAUCAGCAUUUCCCGAAGAAAGCCUUCCAGUGGUUCAUGUCAAUCUUCGAACUGUAUACCGCAGAUGGCACAUCCUGCAUUACGACCCAGGACUCCUUGAAUAAGAUCUUCCCCAACAUCAAGCCGCUUACUGUGCGAGACAUGCUGGUCAAAUAUUGGAGUGAUGAAUGAAGAAACCAAUAGGUCCAUGUAGGUAAGCCACCCCGAUGGUCGGGUGCAAGCAAACGUGGCUCUUUAACAUGAUUAGAAGCCGGAUUUGUGUCGAAAAUGAAUUUGAAGAUCCCGGAGGAUUUCAGGUUGUUCACCUGUCGAGGGACAAUGUUGCGCAUCAUUUGGAACAUUUUGUGUCCCUAGAUGUAAAUAUCGAGAGUCUAACUGCCGAUUUGGUAGGCUGACAUGCCUGGAUCGUGCCAUGAGAAAUUGAUAGCUGCUUAGGCUCUUCUGCCCAAGGAUUUAUGCUGUGCGUCUGCCAAUUAGCACGCUGAAUGAUUAGGUGGCUGCCAGGUGGUGUUUGCACGGAAGCCACC